GAUGUUGCUAUUUUUUUGCCCAACAAUGUGCGUGCUAUUUAUUUGGCGCACCACUGUACCGUAGCGGUACGCAUUUAAUAUGCACACAUACAUGCAUACGCAAGCGGUACCAAACUAUUAUGUAUUUACAAGUCUUCGUUCUCUUUUCCAGUCAGCAUUGGAAAAGUCAAAGCAAAAAUGCAGUUGGUGACGGCUUUGAUGAGAACGAGAUAAUCAAUCGAAGUUUUGCGUAAAAUCGAUCGACACGAUACUUGACCCCGCCGCCGUGAUAAAGUGAAGUGAAAGUUAAAUUUUAAAGUACAAAAAAAAAUCAAAAGAAUUUAUCGUGAAUUGUGAUAUUAUUUAAAACCUAAAAAUAAUACACUUAUUUGUAAAACAAUACUUACCUUUGAAAACUAUACUUACCUUUGAAAACUGUAAUUAACUAAAGUGAAAAAAAUAUACUUACCGUAGAAAAAAUAUUGGAAAAAAUACUUACCUGUGAAAUACUAUACCUGCCCUUGAAAUUGUAACCUUUACUUACCAUAUUAAAACCCCAAAAUUAAGUGAAAUAAAGUGAAAUAAAAAACUAAAUAAAUUGUUUUAAAAAAAGAAGGUAAAAACAUUUUGGUCCUUCGAGCCGGAUAAGUGUGGUUAAGGAAAAACUUAACAUUAACAAAUUGUGAGAGUGAAGUUUAACGAAUUUAGAAAAAUUCUUGCAACAAAAAAGAACGAAGAACAGUGAAAAUUUUAAGAAUUGAAAAAAGAGACUAGUGACAAUUAACACCAAAAUAUAGACACUUCAUAUAACAAAAAUAUCAAACGCAGUACACGGUACGGAAAAAAUAACAACAACAAUAACAAGAAAGGUGAAAACUGGGAUAGAAGAAAGCGGACGGACAGACGUAAGCUGAGAAACCCAACACUUUUUUGACACACACACCCUUUACCAAGAAGAUCAAAAAAUGGCGGCCUACCUCCCAAAUCAAGAGUGGGAAGAUGAUGAGGAAGUGAGACCCCCAAACAGGCGCCAGCAACAAAACCGCCCCCAACAACAGCAAGUAUCACCAAACAGGCGUCAGCAACAAAACCGCCCCCAACAACAGCAAGUAUCACCAAACAGGCGCAUUAGCGAGUCGCAGCAACACCAACGAAGAAGGCAACAAUCGAGGAGCAGGUCUGGUCAGCGAGAGAGUAGACGAGAGCGGCCGAGUUUCUGGCAGUACUCAUGCGGGCUGUGUCAGGACGACCAUGCCAUAAAUACAUGCCCCAGGUUCCGAGAACAGACACCGUACCAGCGGUAUGAAACAGUGGAGAGGAGAGGGUACUGCCGCAAUUGCUUGGCAAGGAGUCAUUUGGCACCAGAUUGUACAUGUUUAACCGGUUGUCGAAGAUGUGACCAUCGACACCACACUCUCCUCCAUGGAGCUCCGCAGCUGGACAACACGUUGCAGCCUGCGCCCAUAGUAAUACCACCAUUUUCUUGGGAUUUAGUUUUUGUUCCAACCGCCUUGGUACGUGUUGCAAGUGAAGGUGUUGACACCUGGAAGACAGUAAGAGCGUUGAUUUGCCAAUCGGCAUCCAUGUCAAAAAUUGCAUACUCCGCGUUCCAAAGACUUGGCCUUAGAUCAUUUAUCUACAGAAACAGACGAUUUGCAGCGUUCAAAAUCAUGGCCAGAAACCCAAACAACACUUGGGCUUUAAAGGUCAACGCUUUGAUAUCAGAUGACUUGCCUCGAAAACCCUAUUCGCACCCAUUACUUGAAGACCUAACUUCCUACUUUACGCAACAAGCUCUCGCUGACCCAGACCCACGCAGCAACAUCCCAAUAGACUUGGAAUUGGGCGCAGAUACCUACUCAGUCAUUCGACAAGAUGGUUGUACUCCUGCCGGAAUUGGUGACGUCCAGGCGUUCCAGACCAAACUAGGAUAUGUAUUUUCAGGCCCUAUAAAAAAUAUGCCCACUAAUUGAACUCAUUUGAUUCACAGAUAUCACGGCGGGGGAGGCAUGUACAUGAAUGUACCCAACAUAUUUUAGAUGUUGCUAUUUUUUUGCCCAACAAUGUGCGUGCUAUUUAUUUGGCGCACCACUGUACCGUAGCGGUACGCAUUUAAUAUGCACACAUACAUGCAUACGCAAGCGGUACCAAACUAUUAUGUAUUUACAAGUCUUCGUUCUCUUUUCCAGUCAGCAUUGGAAAAGUCAAAGCAAAAAUGCAGUUGGUGACGGCUUUGAUGAGAACGAGAUAAUCAAUCGAAGUUUUGCGUAAAAUCGAUCAACACGAUACUUGACCCCGCCGCCGUGAUAAAGUGAAGUGAAAGUUAAAUUUUAAAGUACAAAAAAAAUCAAAAGAAUUUAUCGUGAAUUGUGAUAUUAUUUAAAACCUAAAAAUAAUACACUUAUUUUUAAAACAAUACUUACCUUUGAAAACUAUACUUACCUUUGAAAACUGUAAUUAACUAAAGUGAAAAAAUAUACUUACCGUAGAAAAAAUAUUGGAAAAAAUACUUACCUGUGAAAUACUAUACCUGCCCUUGAAAUUGUAACCUUUACUUACCAUAUUAAAACCCCAAAAUUAAGUGAAAUAAAGUGAAAUAAAAAACUAAAUAAAUUGUUUUAAAAAAAGAAGGUAAAAACAACUAUAAUGAAAGGUAUUAAAGAUUGCAAAUUUAAUAUUUACAUGCAUUAUUAAGUGAAACAACAGUAUCUAAUUGAAUAUCCUA